GUAUCGGGACGAAGGAUCCCGAGAGAAGACGAAGGGCGAUAAACUGGGCAAGGGCUUGUCGUAUCGCGUGUUGCUAUUAUCGAGAAGUAAGAAAAUUCCGGAGGAUCGGAAUGAAUUCGAUCGUCGUCGAUCAUUAAGAUCCUUGAUAAAGUUCGACCAUUAGGAAAUAAGAAGUUUAGCAAGAAAAGGUCCUAUUCGUUCGAACGUCAGUUCGCCCGUAUUGUAAGUGCCUCUGAAGCAAGAGAUCCAGUGUGUGCGCGCGCGUGUGUGUGUGUGUGUGUGUUGUGAGAAAGAGGUUGGAUGUAGAGAGAGAGAGAGAGAGAGAGAGAGAGAGAAAGCAUAGCCGUGUGCACACAACGAUCGUGGGUGUUUGUCUCGUUUCUCUCUCCUCGUUAAAGGUGUUGGUUCUCCGAAGGGUGUUGUGCCAAAAAAAAAAGAAUAUUUUCGUAGCGUACGAACGAAGAAGGAGAAGGAGUCUCUUUUGGACGUAUCGAGAUACGGUGACGGUUUAGUGGCAGUCCUGAAGAGGAAGGGAGGCUGCGAUUAGUAUGUACUUACCAGUGUAUAACAGGCUUUCCUUUCAUGCAUCAAAAGGAUGUGUCAUUGCAAACGCCUUGAAAUCGAGAAAGGAGAUAAUGUAUUUUUCUGAUUAAGAAAAACUUUCUGCAAGAAAUAUUAUAUCCAUGAGAGAAAGAUCCCUGUCGCGAUGAACACGUUAAAACAGUUGAAAAGCAUACGGAUAUGCCGAUACAUUGAGACCUAUAUACUUUUGUCAUAGCGAGAAGACUAUCCUACUGCCUGCCAACAAUAGAAUACCCACGCAAUUUGCAAGCGUACAAGAAAUUUCAUGAUAAUAAUUUGAUGGCUGUCAGGAAAAUUCUAUAGGCAUUCAAUGUUAUAAAGCUUAACAUUAAGGUUAAAAGUAAUCGUAUCAAUGAAAAAUACUCUUAUUCUUUGAGAACAAGAUCAAUAAUAUGGAUCUGCUAUUUGACUGAAUCUAUAAACUAAAAGAGAAAAUUAUAAUUUUAGUAAAUCUAUUUUAUUAUAUUGAAAUAAUAUAGAGCAAAAUUAUAAUACUCUAUUCUUUCCUAUCGAUCAAAUUAUUGAAUAAUAGAAUGAAAAUAAAACUCGAUGAUAAGCAGAAGAUUAUUAAAGCGCUGAUAUUCCUAAGCAGUUUUAUAUUGCUAUUUAGAGAAAGAAAGAAGGCUUAUGAUAUUUUAUUUAGUCGAACGAUUGUUUCUGCAUAAUUUCGACGACGACGACGACGACGACGACGACGACGACGAUUAUUAUUAUUAAAUUAAGUAUUUUACUUAAAUAUAGUCUGGUUAAUUCCAGCUAGUGCACAAGUCGUGCGGUGAAAUAAAGUUACAUGACCGUUCAAGAUAUGAUAUAGUUGAUGCGUGUACAUAGACCAUUGAUGAUAAACUGUGAAAGCAUAGUAGGUAACAUUUUUUUAACAGAAUGUGUAAAAGUUAUUUUAAACCAUUGUAUGAGUGGGUGUAUAUAACAACGAAGAAGAACGAAGGGAUAAUGAAACGCUUGAAGUAUCCUAUGGAUGGCAGAGGACGUAUUUGCUAACCCUAAUUGAAGGAAGGGUUAUAAAUAUGGAUAACUGCGGCUCUGGAGUGGUACAAGUAUUCGUGGGCGAAUGGAGCCCCGAAUAUGAAGCGUUAUCCAUUAAAGCUACGAAACAGACUUCUUCGGCAGAAAUAGUCGAAUGUAUUAUCGAAAGAUUGGGUUUGGUGGAUGCCACUGUCUCCAAUGGUUACGAGUUAGCAGAAGUGGUAGGAAAUUCUGUUGGGCAGGAGUGUAAAGAAAGAAGACUUGGUCCUUCCGAAUGUCCCGUAGCGCUUAUGUUACUCUGGCCAAAAAGUGCUGCUCAGCAAGAGUAUUACAGGUUUUACUUGAGGAAAAAGCAAACGGAUUAUUUAUGGUGCGACAGUAGAUUUCCUAUGGAUCCGCAACUAUUAAAGGAUUAUUUCAAUAGAUUCCUGUAUCAACCGCGAGACAAAGAAUAUCCAGAUUUAUGCCAGCUUCCUGACCUUAACGAGCAGACCCUUUUAGACAAUCUUCGUGCUAGAUUUUUAGCUGGAAAUAUAUAUACCUAUGUUGGCAGCAUAUUAAUUGCUUUAAAUCCAUUUAAAUUUUAUCCCAUUUAUAAUCCAAAGUACGUGAAACUUUAUCAAAACAGACGAUUGGGCCCGGACAUACCUCCGCACAUAUUCGCGAUAGCCGACGCGGCGUAUCAUUGCAUGUUAAAAGAAAAAAGGAAUCAGUGUAUUGUGAUUAGUGGUGAAAGUGGUUCGGGUAAAACGGAAUCAACGAACUUUUUAUUACAUCAUCUAACUGCCUUAAGUCAAAAGGGUUCCCAUGGUAGUGGCGUUGAACAGACGAUACUUAGCGCCGGUCCUGUACUAGAGGCAUUUGGCAAUGCAAAGACUGCACAUAAUAAUAAUAGUAGCCGUUUUGGAAAAUUCAUACAAGUGAAUUAUAAAGAAAAUGGAAUGGUACAUGGGGCAGUAGUCCAGAAGUAUCUCUUGGAAAAGUCAAGGAUAGUUUCCCAAGGAAGAAACGAAAGGAAUUACCACGUUUUUUAUUAUUUAUUAGCUGGCGCAAAUGAACAGGAAAGGCAACUUUUACAUUUAGAAAGUUGCGAACGUUAUAAUUAUUUAAACAAAAGUGGCUGUUACGGUCUUGAAAAUAUCGAUGAAAGACAUGAAUUUUCGCGAUUGAAGCAGUCUAUGGAGAUGGUGGGAUUCACGCCUGAAAAGCAAAAACGACUUUUUGCAGUUUUAUCGGCCGUUCUUCUACUCGGUAACGUGGAAUUUCAACCAAGAAAAUCCUAUCAUCAUCACGACGAGGCAGUAGGGGUUAAGAAUCCUGAAGUCGUCGCAUUAAUAUCCGAAUUGCUUAGGGUCAAACAGGAAACUCUUUUGGCGGCAUUAACUGCUAAACGCGCGCGAGCUUCUGGCGAAACCUUGGUCAUUAAUUAUAGACUUCCAGAAGCAAUAGCGGCAAGAGAUGCUAUGGCCAAGUGUUUAUACGGGGCUUUGUUCGAUUGGAUCGUACUUCAGGUCAAUCAUGCUUUACUCUCUAAGAAGGAUACUUUGAGGGAUCAUCAAGGAAAUAGUAUAGGGGUAUUGGAUAUCUUUGGUUUUGAAGAUUUCAAGACGUGCAAUAGCUUCGAACAGUUGUGCAUUAAUUAUGCAAACGAACAAUUGCAACAUUACUUCAAUCAACAUGUUUUUCAAUAUGAACAAAGAGAGUACAGGAAGCAGGGAAUCAGAUGGACAGAUAUAGGAUACAGCGACAAUUCUGGCUGUUUAAAUCUCAUUGAGGGAAAACCAAAUGGACUCCUUUGCCUUUUAGAUGAUCAAUGCAACUUUCCAGGUGCAACGAAUGAGACACUGUUGCAAAAAUUUAAUACGGUGCACAAAGAAAAUCCUUUCUAUGAAGCGCCGCAGAGACGGGAAGCGGCCUUUGUCGUACGCCAUUACGCAGGUUCUGUCAAAUACCAAGCUGCUAAUAUGAGAGAGAAGAACUUGGACUUGAUGAGACCAGAUGGAGUAGUCGGUGUACUCAAAAACUCAUCCCUGGCUUUUGUACGUGAACUUGUUGGUGCCGAUCCAGUCGCUGUAUUUAGAUGGGCUAUUCUCAGAGCUUUUUUUCGAGCUCACUUCGCUUUUCAGGAAGCAGGACGUGCGCAUAGACAUGGUAGAGCCGAUGGUAGUAAAACGUCUGCACAAAACAGGUAUAGGACGCCAAACGAGAAUUUAAUAAGUUCUCACAAACAUACUCGUCCGUCCAGCUAUCAGAAGCAACGAAAUGUCUGUUUACCAUCGACCACUCCCACCGCCACAUUAUCCUGCGUACAAAUUGAAAACGACAGUGUAAACAACAAUCGAUUAUCGUGGCCGCAGUUUAGAAACAUUAAUCAGACUCAACACCCGUCGAAUAUAACAACAACGAAGAAUUACAUAAUAAGGGGGAGGGAAGACCAGCCUCAUAGUAAUAAUAAUAAAUUCAGACGGGAUACUCAUACACCACUAGAGAGGGUGCUUCCGAAAGACGAAGCAAACGUUAUGGAACGCGCUAAUCAAAUCGUCAUGAAAAACAAAUCGUUUCGUCCAAGGGAACGAGGUAAAAAGGGUCUAAAGAAUCUUCAGACUGUGAAAACUCUCGCCGGAAGAACGCAAAGCUAUGGGACUGGUCCGGGAAAAGCAAGGAAGCAGCCCAUGACCGUAUCGGCACAAUUUCAACAAAGUUUACACAGCCUUAUGGAUACCUUAAAUCAAGCAAAUCCUUUUUUCAUUAGAUGCAUAAAAAGCAACGCCAAUAAAGUUCCAAACGAAUUCGACGAAGAAACCGUACAGCGGCAGCUAAGAUAUACCGGGAUGUUAGAGACCGUUCGAAUUAGACAAGCAGGCUUUAACGUCAGAUUAACAUACGACGAAUUUAUUCAAUUGUAUCGAAUGUUAUUGCCCAAAGGACUUUUGAGUUCGCAAUCGGAUGUACGUGAUUUUUUGUUAACGUUGAAUCUGAAUAGAGACAAUUAUCAGCUUGGAACGACAAAGGUAUUUCUUCGAGAGUCCGAGAAGAUAAAGCUCGAUAUAGAAUUGCAUCAACAAAUCAUUACGAGUAUCACGACGAUACAGAACUGGUUUCGUGCUUGCUUGGAAAGGAGAAGGUUCUUAAGGUUAAAGAAUGCGGCAGUGCAAAUACAAUCAUUUUGGAGAAUGGUAUGUGCCCAACGAUUUGCACAGGCGUUACGCGCGAGAACGGAAGCUGCUAUUCAUAUUCAAGCCAUAUGGAGAGGGUACAAACAACGUACUUGGUUUAAAAAAUUAAGAUCCUGCGUAACAAUAUUUCAGGCUUACGUUAGAGGUAGGAACUCUAGGAAAGCUUUCAUGGAACUUAAAAGGCGGAAGAAUGAUAUGAAGAAGAUCGAAGAACCCCAGGAAAAUCGGGAUUCCGAGGAGCAUACGGUUCAACAAAAAAUCACCUACUCGCCUGCGACUCACGCAGACGCGGAAGAAUCAUUGUCAAUCUGCGAAGAACGUUCCUUACCGGAGUACACUGUAUCCCCUCGAAAGUUGGAAGCGCAAAAGCGCUUAACGCCGGUCAAGCAAGAGAACUUACGUAGAGAAGCGACCGGCGACACGAGCGUACCUUAUUCCAAACGGAAACUUACACCUAAUAAAAGGGUAUUGCACGAGUCGACGAGCGUCGCCCCGAAAAAUUCCGAAACCUUUUAUUCCGAAGAUAUCGGUGAGCGUAAGAGCAGCAUCGAAAGUCUUACUAGCUUAAAAAGUUACGAAUCUCAAGGUAGCGUUAAUAGUUCUGAAUCGCAAGAGAAUUCGAGCUGCAAGCCCAUUCCAAGUACAAGAACGAAACGUGCCGAUCACUCGGCCAUAGUUAUUACGAAUACGAAUUUAGUGAGCUCCAACAGAUUGUCUUCGAUAAGUAAAAGAACCGAUAGCUCGUCGACGGGUUGUAGCGAUGGCGAAACGGAUGGCGAUAUGCCGAACGCCGUGCAAAGCGCUCCACCCAUUUUCAAUGUCGCCCCGUCCUUUACGAAUCCUAGAGAAAUGAAAUAUCAUUCCAAUGCGAAUUUAAACCGCAGCCCAAAUGCGGAUAUUUGGCGAAGGAGGGCCGAGUAUUCGUCCAUAAAUUAUAACGACUACAUAAUGUCAGUGCCUCAGAAAGCGACCGUGACUCGAUCGCCGAACGUUUCUCAAUAUAAGAACAUUGCCGAUAAUAUUUUGGAACACUCUCGAUUGGAACAACCGAAUGAGGCUGCAAAUUACAACGUCAAAUUGGAUGCGAGCGAACGUUUCAUUCGUAUGGAAAAUUCUCGCGAGUCGCGACUGUCGGGAGAUCGCUUGGAAAAUUUACCGAUUUCGCCGUCACGACGGGAACAACAAAAUUAUGGAUUGUGUAAGGACGUCAAAGAGAUGAAUUAUUCGAGAAGGCAAAAUUCCGAAGGCGACAGCACUUCGGCCAAGGCGGAGCCCACGAACGACGAGAACGCCGCGAAGAACGUACUCGCGAGAAGAACGGAUCUUAAAGAUAAAAAUUCUAGGCCAAAGGACAAAUUCGAGCCGGACGUGCCGGUAAGAAGUGCCAGAAGAAAUCGACCAUCGAGGGAGGUCCAAUGCAGAUCCAUGGGCGAGAGCGCCUCGGAUACCAGCGUCGGUGAGACGAGGAAUCUCUUCCUUGGUACCAUUAAGGAGGCUGACAUGAAACGCAUGGAAAAUAUUAACGUAUGGACGAGAAAGGAUAAUCCGAGCGAAGUCACCUCUAGAUCCGUCACCGAUUGGCCAGUUAAUAAGAACGAAACGGUUUACAAGGGCCAACAGCCGGGAAAACGAAUGAGGUCGAACGCCAUAACGACCUCGGAACUUCGAAGAAGAAAUUCCGAUCCGGCUACUAAGACGUCAGCGUUGAACGACGACAAGUCCGGCGCGGACACCAGUCCUAACGAAUUGAAACUCGCUCCCGGUAUGAAUCUGUUGGAAUGGAAGGGCAACAAUCUCUUUACCUUGGCCGGUCAUCGUUUUAGAAAAGUAGCGCGCUUCGCGAAGGACGACGUAUGCGUUUGUUGUCACGAGAAAAUGGACGCCUUUGUUACCCAAGGAUACAAAUGCGUCGAUUGCAAACAAUUGUAUCACGUAAAGUGCAUUCAGAAUGGAGGAGUACUCAAGAUGCCAUGUCUUUUAGCGAAUACACCAAACAGACGGAAAAAUAGAAAGCCACCGCGUACACCUUAUGACGCUACCAAACAAACGGUGGCUUCAAAAUUCAGUCUUACCGGUACCUCCGCUUUUUCCGACAGCACGGAUAAGAUCAUAUCCGAUGCCAAAGAAUUGGCGCUUAUGCAGGACUUCAUUACUAAAAAGAUAUACAUAAUGGAGGCUCAAGAAGAAGGUAGAAAACCGAGUGAGGUGGAUCGCGUUUUUAGACAGGCGUUACGUAAAUUCAAAGACGAGCUGGUUAUUACUUACAGCGUUGCUAUUCAACAGGGCGUAGAAGGAAACAUAAAGUACACCGAUCUGAUAGCGAAUUUUCUUCACGUUAUGGAGACCGUCUGUAAGCAAGAAAAUACCAGCGAAGAUUUUCCCGUGACAAUGGGCGUUAAUGCCUUCAGAGGAUUUAUGAACGAAUUCAUGACAUUGGUUAAGACAGAAGCGCCGGAAAAGCAAAGUAAGAGUAAACGGAAAAAGGAAAAGAAACGGAAACAAGAAGAGCCCAUACGACAUGGUAAUCACAUGUUCCAAUUAACCAUCAUUAAUAUUCCCACCGCUUGCGAAGUUUGUACUUCGUUCUUUAUGUGGCCGAUCGAACGAGGACUCGUUUGCCAAAAUUGCAAGCUGACGUGUCACAAGAAGUGUUACACGAAAGCAACGCCCGAGUGCGGAAAGGAAGCGUCCAUGCUCGAAGCUAAUUCGCGUAGAGUUUUCGGCGUUCCAUUGUACAAAUUGGACUGCGGCGACGGCAAAGUACCGCUGGUAGUCGAUCGAUUGAUCACGACUAUAGAGAUGCACGGAUUAUACACUGAGGGUAUAUACAGAAAGAGCGGAGUAAGUUCGAAAGUACGAGAGCUCAAAGUUAAAAUGGACGAGGGAGAUUUGGAGAAGGUGGACUUUGAGAAUUAUCAGGUACACGUUCUAGCAGCCGUUUUGAAGAGCUUCUUCCGAGAUAUGCCGGAGCCUCUGUUGACUUUCGAAUAUUACGACGAUUUCCUUCACGCCGCAAAUUUGACGGAUCCACACGAUAGAAUCAGCACGCUCUUUGCAAUUCUGAAGAAAUUGCCAAAGCCGAAUUUCGAUCUGAUGGAACGAUUGAUCGUACAUCUGGCGAGAGUGGCCUUGCACGAAGUGGACAAUCGAAUGUCACCGUCCGCCUUGGCGAUCGUUUUCGCCCCGUGUAUAUUGAGAACAAGUCGAACCCUACCGGCACAAGAUUCGCUUCAAGACGUGGGCAGACAGACCCGCUGCGUCGAAACGAUCGUCCAGGAGAAGUUGCGAGUCGUAAGAGCGACUUUAGCCGACAUAAAUACUUUGGAAUCCGCAUGCCACACGGCGACCCAUCGACUCUCGAGCUUAAGGUCCUCCAAGAUAUUUAGUCCGGAGGAAUUGAACGUAGCGACGCCGAAUAUCACGGCACGAAGCGGGAGUGUCGAUAGGGAGAGAGAUCGAGGAGACGAGGAGGAAGCGUUGCUCGUAGAUCACAUACAGGAGAUCCAAAAGGAGAAGGCUUUAUUGACGUCCACGUUGCCGAGCUUAACCCGUGCUUCUUCGGACGACGAUCUCCUUCUCUCAGCAACCGAUUUGGACGAUGGAUCUCUCGAUGAUUUGCUUCCACCUUCCGCCGACGGUCUGGUACGAAAGAAACCCAUACAGAGGCAAAGCUCAGCGGACAACACUUUUCCCACUAUUAUAAGCGUCGACGAGGACAUGGUGAUGACGUCGCAGCGCUAUACUAGCUCCGCUCGUCCUAUCUUUACCCUUCGACGCGGCUAAUUAAUUUUGUAUCGCGAUUUAACGGAACUUUAGUAGAAGCGGAAACUGAAAUUUUCCAAUCUUCAACGAAGAACCAAGCGCUCGACGUCGCGCGAAGAAGUUGGCCGAUUUUAUCGGGGGUUAAGUCUUCGCUGAGUUAUUCGAUGAUAUACCUAUAUUGAACUAACCCUUUUAUCAAGUCAACAAGGAAGCUAUCGAAUAAUCGAUGAGUCGAGAAAAGAAAAAAAAUUAGGCGGAAACAUUUGAUAAGAUGCAACCCAAUCGCGAUCGAGUCGAUUGAAUUUUUAUUAUAUUUUAACGAAGAGAACGAAGGGAUUCGCUGAAGAGGAAUCUGUGCGAGCAUAAAUAUAUACGAAUGAGAUGAGAAAUAUAGAACGUUCGAAUAAGAAUUAGCUUCUCGGCGGAACUUUUCUCAAACGAAGUCGAUUCUUCGAAGACGACAAACGUUGGAAAGGAUGCAAAUAUCUAAGGAAUUUGAGAGAAAAAUGAGAGAAAAGAAAGUCGUUCGUCCGUUCAUAAGUUCGCCUGAAAAGCGUAAAGUGGGUACUCCGUGACGAGGAAUCGUCGAGCAAGAUAAAGUUAACACUAUAAGAACCCGUCAAAUUGGACCCAAGAGAUACGUCUCCGCAGAAGAGGAUGCGCGAGGAAAUGAGAAUCGUAAGGAACAUGAAAGUUUGAAAAAGCAUCGAGGAAGAAGCAUCUCCGUUCUCUUUAUCGUCAUUUUCCCUUUGAAAGUAUUAUAUUCGUCGCACGGAAAAUAUUCGACUUUCCGUCGUACGAGACUCGAGUAAACUUUUAAUUUCGGUAAAACGCUCGUCGCAAAAGGACUCUCGAACGAAGUACAUGUAACGUAUAAAGAGACGAGUAUACAAAGAAGUGACGUAUCCACGUUGGUGACAAUUAUCCGAACAAUAGCAGAAGCAGAGGAUUUUUAUUUUCGCGCUUUUUCUCGGAAAGAGUAAUCGUUACCGCCAGCGAUCACGAUGCCCGCGGACACCAUGGGGAAAAGAAAAAACGAAAAAAAAAAAAGGAAAAGGAAAAAAAAGAAAAUCUACUUUUGUAAAGUGAUCGAGUAAAUGCCGGCUCGCGAUGAAACGUGCAUAUUAUUCUCGUACAUGUACAAGUAUGUACGUCAAAUGCAAUAUGCGCCGACGCCCGACAUAAUAACGCUUAUAAAUACAUUUUAUCUAGCGACCUUAUACCAACUUUGUUUUAUCUCGAAGCGCGUGAUCGCAUAAUGCAUCCUUUCGCUUCCUCCCGUUAUUCAUCUCGGUCGCCGAUGCGUCAAACAAUUAUUCUAAAGAUAUUUAUCGAUUGAAAUUAAAUUCCAAAAGUUUAGAAAGAGCACCGACGACUUGUUAAAAGGUAAUCUCAUAAAGAAAGAGAAGGUGUGAUUAACACGGGGCAAAGUUCAAACGCGUUGACACGUUAAAAUUAUUUACGAACCAAAAUGGCUCAGGUAGACGCAAAUAUAUCGCGACUAGGUACCCUCGUAAUUAACCGCACACGGCAUAAUAUUACGACCGGUGUCUCUGACGUCAGUGCGACCGGCUAUUAUACUUUUCUUGCUUUUAGCAAUCUGGAAACACUCGAGAAUCGUGCUCGUUACGAGGCCAAGUAUUAAAGAAGCGACGUCGUUUGUACCAGCCGGCUAUCUCGUUCGGAACCUCGUAGCUAACGCGUAAGGCCAAACUCGAAUAAAGAGUUUCGAAAAAAAAAGUAAAAAGAUAAUCGAAGUAUAAGGUCGAUAGCAUCAAAUUGGUAGGUCUGCCUUUGAAUAAACAAAGAUAGAAGAUAGAUGGAGUCUAGAAGGGUAAGCGUUAAAGAGUGCAGGAGCAUCGAAGAGAGUAGAGGAGAAAGAGAACAAGUCGGAGGAAAGAGGGAUUGAUUCGAUGAGCCGAGGGUAGUAAGCGAAGGUGCGAGGAACGGCAUGGAGAAGGACAUAGGCCACAUCGUGGAAGGAGUCGGAGAAGAAGAAGAGGACGAGGACGGGGAGGAGCAGGAGGAGGAGGAGGAGGAGAAGGAGGAGGAGGAGGAGGAAGAAGAAGAAGAAGUAGUAGACGAAGAAGAUGGUGGGGAUUGCUGGUGAGGCGGUAGACGCGCGGCGACCAAGAAGAGAAGCAGCAGAAGGAGGAAGAGAAGGAGGAGGAGGCUGAGUGAUCGGCGGAGUAGAGAGAGAGAGGACGCCUGCGCGGAAUCCCCGGGCGGGCGCGGGCAGUGCCACCGGAGGCCCGGCGGUUUCAGAGCUUCGCCCGGGACGACGAACCGCAGACGACCUGUACGCAAAACUCGGCCGUGCGUUAUCCGGAGGCUACGCUGCCCUCCGUAAGUGUAUAAACGAGGAAGAAAGAAAAAAAAUAUAAAGGGCUCGAGAGAUCUUUCGCACGACGAAUAAGAAUUUAGAAACAACAACAGACUUGGCUCGUUUUUUUUUUCGUGUCGAAUAUUAGCAACGGCAACGUAUCGUUUACGCGACGUAACAUAAUAUGUGAUACAGUGUCGUCGCAAAGGUGCCAAUUGGAUAAGGUAGAAACUUUUUCAUUAGAGUUGAGGAAACGAAAGAGAGAAAGAAUAUUACGAGAAGGUGUCGCUGCCGGUGGAGAUUUGUAAAGGCUGUGGAAAGAGAAAGAGGAAGAAGAAAGACAUGAACGACGUCUGGUAGCGACACCGACUGCGGAGAACGAACGCGGUGAGAUGACGAAGGAUUAGGAGAAACUGAGAGAAAGAGAGCGAGAGAGAGAGAGA